AGCGAUGAGGAAAUUAUUUACGAGAAAAAAGUCACAGGAGGUAAAAACAAAGCAGAAUCCAAAAGUAAAUCUGACUCAAAGCCCAAGGCUUCCCCUCAAACCGGCCAGAGCAUCAAUUACGCUGCACAUCCACCAGCAAUCCCUAGUAAAGGGCUACAGGGCUUGGAUUUAACUCCUACAUUUCGCAGCACAGGAACCCCAUUAGCGGAAGAAUGGACUGUUAAUGAAUCUUUUGACUCACUAUAUUCUGCAGUCACAUCCACAGGCUCGUCAAUGUCUGAGCCAUCUAUCUGGACACCAAAUGAAACGCCUCCGUCUACUCCAAACAAUACGCCUUCCUUGACGUCGGAAUCAGACACAAGGACAGUCUGUAAAGAGUCCUUCCCUAAAAUCAAACUGGAAACUUAUUCAGCUUCUGGCGAAAACGUGACGGCUUCAGACACUAAGAUAAACCCUCAACUCCAAGCCAAGACCUCCGCGGAAUCCUCUUGUCUUUCCAAGGGAUCUGGAGAAAGUGUUCCGAUAGAAUCCGACAAAACGAAUUCAUCAGAAUCGUGUAAGACUCCAGUAGCACCCUUAAACGAAGUUAUUAUAACAAUGGAAGAUGACGAGGAAGUGAAACUGGUGCUGGUUCCUUCGAUUGAGUGUUCGUCGGAGGAAAUUCUAAUGACAGAUAAACGGUCAAAGUCAAAGGAGACCGUGAUUACUGAAGGAAAGGUAUCAAGCAAAAAUGAGAAGGUGUGGGCUUCGUCUCUUGACAGCGGAGAUCGUUAUCUGUUGGGAUCUGGACACGAAUCGUCCUCUGGAGAACUCAUCUACUCAAGUGAGGUUCCCAUCAUACCGGAUCAUGCAGAAGUUACUUCAUGUAAACCACCUUUGCCUCCGCCUCCAAUGACACCGCUGACCGCUACAAGUGAACUCAGGCGAGGUUUGUAAGCAUCGGAGAUUUAGAUUACAUUUUCAAUAUGUCCAGGAAUACCUUCCCUUGCCGCGCGUCGUUAGACCUUCGUCACGAGUUCCCGGAUUGCAUGUCAAAGCCCAAAGCAUGUCUGUGUCUGUGUCCUAAACUAGUUCAGGGCCUAAAUCUGUACGAGCCACAAUAAUGGCGAAACAGCUGUGUACGGCUACAACCUCGCUCUUUUUUGGGUUCGAUCGGUGUUUUGUUGAUGUCUUGGAAAGUUAAUUUUCAAGUAUAUUUUUGCUAAUCAGGUCUUCUUUAGAUCAGACGUUCUGUGGCUUAUUCGUUGUGGUCCUUUGCAGUUAAUGUUCAUUUAAAAAAAAGUCGAUUUUGUCGGUCUCUUACAAGCGAAAUAUUGCCCUUGUACAGAGGAUUUAAUUUGGGAAGAAAUAAAUGACGAAACUCCUUAUAUAUCGCGGUCACAAAAAAACAGAAGCGGUCUUAUCCCGGUUGUUCAAACGUUGGAUAGCGCUAUCCACCGGAUAAAUCACUAUCCAGCGGAUAAGUAUUAGGGAAACCAAUUGCACUAUCCAGUGGAUAGAUUUUUAUCCUGUGGAUACCGCUAUCCAACGUUUGAACAACCGCGGCCUAGAAAGUAGAGUCUCGAUUCACGCGGUAACGGUUGACUACAGAGUUGAUGUGGCGGUAAAGGUUUAGGGCGCGAGGAGGGCAGAACUUCGCAAGCCAUUCAAACUCAGGUGACUACAGAACGACUUGACCGACUUAUCACUCAAUUUCAAUUUAUCGCGUUAUGUUUUUUUAGACUGCAAGUAGUCUUCAUUUUUCUCGGGUAGGGUGAUUGUCACGUGCGUUCGCGUUUCGCCCGCUCUACUAUCCCUGAGGAAAAAUGGGGAUUACUCGUAGUCUAUGUCUUUAUUUAUCAUUUUCUUUCCUUUUCCCCGUUACAUCCAGUGUUUGUUGUUUCUAUUUUCAGGGAAGGCAUUUGGGGGACGCAAAACCAAGGAAAAUAGGCUCUUCAUUAAGCAUCUGACGUCGGCAAACUAUUUCCAAGGUUUCCUUGGUAAUAUAACCUUGGCUAUUUCCAAAAUUCUGACCAAAAACGGAGGAUUCGCAGACAAAAGCAAAGAAAAACGAAGAGUUAUUAGAGAACAGACGAAAGAAACGAAAGCAUCUCUCUUUGAAAGUAUUCUUCUAGCAAAGGUGAAACUAAUACUGUAAAAUAAAGUUAUGACAGCCUAAAUUUUUACUACUGGUGUUCUUCAUUACAAGAAAAAAAGACGUCAGCCUUGAGGUUAUUUUAACUAUUAGUCAUUUUUCAGUUUCAUAAUUUAUUUCAUAUAAAGGAUUAAGCAUCACAGUUUAGGAAAGAGAAGAUACACAUUGGUUACAAACCAAAAAUCGUGACCUAUUUGCUUCUUUAUAAUCAUGAAAUGUCUGCUUUCUGUUAAAACUGAAAUUAAAUUAUUUAUUAUACAGGGCAUUAUCAUGAACGAUAACAUGGACACAGCAAGAGAUAAGAAAUGUGUUUCUCGACGUCGUAUCAUUCGCAAGGCAUUCUCUCUCCCCGCCGGAAGCACCCUCCGAUCACACACCCCGCUCUCACAGGAAGUCGCUUUUGCACGCGCUGUCCUUUUUCCCAGCUUCAUUCGUAAAUGGGUUUUGAGAAGAGCUUAUGAAAGAUGCAAGGUGAUCGGGGAGAUUGUGAAGAAAUUGAACAAUCCUUCCUUUGAACACGUCCUGCAGAUUGCAGCCUCGACUGUCAACCCUGACCCCAUUACAAGAGAUUUGAACGCUAAAGGAAACUAUAAGCGAAGGGUAGGUAGUAAAAUACACAUCAAAGUCUAUUCAUUGCUCAAGUUAAACCUGCAGAAGCCACUCCUGACCCGUUAUUUAAUGGUCACAUGCAUAUUGUGUUUUAGUGAUUAGUUCUGUAGUGGAGUCAGCGCCUAAUACCUUUCACCUUACACAAAAUUUCCUGUAAAAUUGUGAAGAUGUAUAUCACACAAAUUUCAUCAGGGAGCCCUAACCAUAACAGUUUUUGUGUGGGUUUUGCGGGUAUUGCAUUAAAACUUAAAAUAUGUGACCCAAUUUUCUUAAGUUGCAAUCCAUGUCGAAAUCUUUGCAAUCAGUAGCAACAAACGAUAGAAACUAGUUUGAAUACCUAAAUAUAGUCUUACAUGUAGAUAACUGGGACAUCAUUUUUGGAAUUCAGUCGUUUUGAAGACACGUUGCAGUUUUAAAAUGAUAGAAAAACAGUGCGACAUAGUCCCUUAAAUUUAGGCUUCACAGGGGCAUUAUCAGGACAAUGCAAGGGCAUUUAUAUCUUUACUAUCAUCUGGUAUAUAUGAAUCGAAUUUUAGCAUUUUUGUAAGUUUUAAAUUCAUAAUUACAGUUGGUUCGAUUAGCUCGCUUUAAUCGAUGAAGCUUUAACUCGAUCAGAGCUGAUUGUGAAUUUUUAACUUCAGUCUCUAAUGUCUCUAUUAUAAGUCCGUACCCCCUGAAGUUCAAUCUAAGGUUGUUAUACACGUCCCACGUUGAUUGCAAGGCAACAGGGAUAAGAUUUAACACCCAUACUUAACCUUACUUUGGUUUCUCUGUGCUCUCUUUUAGAUCAUGAAGAUCGAUGCAUUAAUGCUGCAAAACAAGCGUCAAACGAGUACUUUUUCAUUAGAUAUACAGUUGGGCAGGAACGUAAUUUGUGGACAGUCAGUAUUGAACCACGAAAACAACCCAAAAAAAGAUUGCGACUGUUAUUUUUGCAAAAAGCAUUGGAGCAAACUAGGAGGACGUCCAUCCUUUAAAUCUCAGAGGUUUGUAUGA